AUGGCGGUGCUGGACAAUCCCGGCUCCAGCGAUCCCGACCCUGAUUCCCAGCCUGCCUUAACAGGCUUAGACUUUCUUCUCAGUACGUUAGAACUCGAUAAGGCAGCACGCGCCACGCCCGAUACGAUCCCCACACAGAAAGAACCCACGGCACCGGUUAUCUCACUGUCUGCCGACCCUGUGGCAGAGACAGCUGCGGAACCAACUGUCGCAUCGGCCUCGCAGCAUCCGACUCUGACCACGGCGCGCACGAUCCGGCUCAAGCAGGCGACAUUGAGCUUCUGCAAGGCAUCGUCAUCGUCCGCCAACGUCAACGCCCCCGGAACAUCUGAGCGACCGCGUCCACGCCGUAACAUCAAUCUGGACGAGCUCAUCGAAGAAGUCUACGAUGAGGCGAUUGACAAGUUUAAGAGUCACUGGUCUGCUCGUUUUCCGUGGCUUCGGAUCACUAAAGUCGCCUCUGGUUUGCCUGCGUUCAAGUGUACUGUGUGUGUGUCAUUUGCUGGCGAUGCAGGCAAGUGCGGGAGGGGUGGGAGAGGUACUACCGAUUUGCAGACACAGUCGUUUCGGAAACAUGCUGGCACGGCGAAGCACAAGCUGGCGAUGGCGAGGUUGACAUCUGCGCAGGAGUGCCGGGCGACGCAGCCGCUUAUCGACCAACAUCGCGCAACGGUUGAUACUGAGAAGCUGCGCAUCAUCGCCCUUCUCGACUCGUUGCUGUUCAUCAGCAGGUCCGACGCGCCCAUGGGGAUGUGGGUGAAACUGGUGCGGUAUCUGACGGAGAAGGGCGUGCAGGGCUUCCCGAAGAAGGGUUACGGCACGUACUAUACGACGGAGGCACUGGCGGCUAAAACUGCCGCCGAGAAAAUCCCCGCCUUCAACGUCAUUGACAAGGUGAUUCGGACAGUGGCAGAGCAUCUCGGCCGCUCUGGGCCAUGGCACCAGCGCUUCAUGGGCUUGCAGGAAGUUUUCACGUCAACUUCACUGGAGCUGCAAGGCAUUCAUACCGUCCGCUGGCUAUCGAGGGGUGACGCGGUGCAGAGGCUUCUGAAAGUGUUGCCGGCUCUCAUCGUGAUGCUGAAGGAGUGGGACGCGGAGCUGUAUGCGCUCGUGACAAGCUACAGGUUUCAGUUUCUCCUGUUUUUCAUAGCAGACGUGCUUGAGCAGCUCAACAUCUUGAACAGGGCCUUCCAGCACAAAGAGCUUGACUAUGUGGGCGUGCAGGCACAGAUCAAGCGCACAACGUCCCACAUCGAGAGCCGCUACGUCGAUUGCGGCGACGACUUCGGUGGCGGCGUCAGCGAGCUGCUGUCCCCCUUCAUCACGCGCCACGGCCCAGGAGGAAACAAGGAUGUUACUGUCGAGGGUGUCGACUCGGACGGCCGCCCUGCACGCUUCACCUUCAGGCUGCAUGAGGACGAGCAUGAGGACUAUGAUGGGCCUGGGACCCACGAUGCUUGCAUUGAGGUCUGCACCGAGUUCGCCGAGGUGAUCGUGCACCAGCUGCUUCAUCGGCUUGGCGAUCUGGAAGGGAUGUCUGGGGCAAGGCUUUUCGCCCCCGACGAGUACCCGCUGGAGCGAGGAGAGAGGAACCGCAGGUGCAUGGAGUGGCUGGAGUCGCUUGUGACCCUCUUCAAGGCCGACCUGACCGAGGAGAUCCUGCCCGGUAAGCCCAUGUUUGUGUACUUCACAUGUAACAGUUGUAAUUGA